AUGUCUAACGCGGCACCAAAGAACAUCUUCAUCAUUGGCGCUCAGUGUACCGGCAAGACAACACUGGUGGAAGCUUUGGCCGACUUCUACGCAAGCAGACAGGUCGAACCCCCGCCCAAAAUCGUUUCGGAAGUCGCACGUAACGUAAUGCGGCGCGUCGAUAUUCAUCGCCACGACAUUGCCAACACGCCGGAACGUUGUCUCGUGUUGCAAGAAGCAAUCAUCCAAGCCCAGUACGAUGCGGAAUCGGAUCUGGAAGUCCGCCGUUCCUGGUACAUUUCUGAUCGCUCUGGACUUGACCCAGUCGUCUACGCUCGACUUUUGGUGGGCGAGGAAGGGAAGCAGCGGCUGCUUGAGCUACCGACAUAUUCGAUCCUCGAAGAGCGAAUGAAGCAAGGACUGGUCUUCGUUUGCGAGGCCGGAUGUUCUUGGCUUGUUGAUGAUGGAACGAGGCUGAUGCCGAAAGAUCAAGAAGAAUGGCGUCGAAUCGAUCAAGCCUUCCGCCAGUUGCUGCAGGAGAGAGGCAUUGAGUAUGUAUUGGUGCCGAGCAGUGUGGUGGGAAUGCGCGAUAGAGUUGACAUCGUCGUUAAACAUUUCUAA